GUCCCGGGGGCUCCCGCAGCCGUCAGAACCCCCCACCUGGACGACCAGCUACGGAGAGCUCGCUUUGCUUCCAUCAUGAGUGCAGAGCUCAAUGUCCCUGUAGACCCUUCCCCACCUACUUGCUCCGAACCAGGUAAUAAAGGGAUGGAUUAUCGGGACUGGGUUCGUCGCAGCUACCUGGAAUUGGUCACUUCUAAUCAUCAUUCAGUUCAAGCCCUUUCUUGGAGGAAGCUCUACCUGAGCAGGGCCAAGCUCAAAGCUUCCAGCCGGACUUCUGCCUUACUGUCUGGAUUCGCCAUGGUGGCCAUGGUGGAGGUGCAGCUGGAGAUGCAGUACCAGUACCCCCAGAUGCUCCUGAUUGCCUUCAGCGCCUGUACCACGGUGCUGGUGGCGGUCCACCUCUUCGCCCUCCUCAUCAGCACCUGCAUCCUGCCCAAUGUGGAAGCCGUGAGCAACAUUCACAAUUUGAACUCCAUCAGUGAGUCCCCCCAUGAGCGCAUGCACCCCUACAUCGAGUUGGCCUGGGGCUUCUCCACCGUUUUGGGGAUCCUCCUCUUCUUGGCAGAGGUGGUGCUCCUGUGCUGGAUCAAAUUCCUUCCUGUGGACUCAAGUGUGAAAGAUGGGCCCAACUCCAAGCCAGGGCCAACUAGCCACACAGGUUGGCAGGCUGCCCUGGUGUCCACCAUCAUUAUGGUGCCAGUGGGCCUCAUCUUUGUCGUGUUCACCAUUCACUUCUAUCGUUCCUUGGUCCGACACAAAACAGAGCGUCAUAAUCGGGAGAUAGAGGAACUUCACAAACUGAAAGUCCAGUUGGACGGCCAUGAGAGGAGCUUGCAGGUUGUGUGAGUAGCUGGACAUGCUGGGGGGAGGGGGGAUGUCCUUGUCAAGGACAAAGAAGCUGGAAAUAAAACAGAAGUUUUGUUCACAGGA